UCACUGACACUCUCGUAUUGAAUUACAACGACGGCGCGUUGUGGCGACGUAUUUCUUGCGAACGGGAAGAAAAAUAAUUUCAUCACAAUCACUUUGCGAUUAAAAUACGGCGGCCGCGCUUUCCUGCAAAGGAAAAUCUUCAACUAACUUUAUCAAUUGCAUUCCCAAAGAGUGUCGUGAACGGUGGGAAAGUGUUGAAAAUCGAGGGAAAAGUGCGUGAAGUGAAAAUCUCUUCUCCAUCCCGGAAAAGAUUUUGCAGAUUUUUCUCAUCGUGUGGAUUAGGUGGAAGAAUUUUUCUUUUGCAUCUUCUCAGUGUUUUGAGGCAGUUCAGGAGCUUCAGGAGAUAUUCCUGAAAUUUCUGGGAAAGGCAGGAAGCUGUGAGGAAGACAGGCGACGAUCUGCGGGGGAAGAUCUCCACACAAGAAGAGGAAGAAAUUAAGGAAGAAGUGCAAGAAGUGAUGUGAAUUUUAAUAAAAAGGUUAAAAGAAGCAAAGAAAAAAGUAUUUUGUGAAAGAAUUUUUAAAGUUUUUUCGUGUUUUGCAAAAAAGAAAAAUAAAUAAAGUGUAAUGCCGACGUUUGUGGUUGAUCGAAUCCCAUUGCCCAGCCUGAGAUUCUAUACGAUUCUCAGUGUUCUGUGGGUUAGUGUGUGCCUCUAUUACUCCAUCAAUGUGACCCGAGAUCCCGAUUGGAAGCUUCAUACAAAUAAUACGUCCAUCCCUGUGGUGGCACCACCAAAAAUACCCGAAAAUCUCCUAAAUGGGGAGAAAGGGGAGCAACUGGUGGUGCCGGAGGAUUCGUCGGAGGUUCCUGUGAUUAUUCCAGAGGAACCUCCCGAUGAUCUCCCAUCAAAGACACCUGAGGAGGUUGAGGAAGUGGCAGAUCAGAGAGAUUUGCCGGAGAUUGAGCUUGAGGAGAGAAUCCUCAAUGAUACAAGAACUAUUGGGGGACAUCUUAGGGAUGUUGUGACCUUCAUGUCCCAGGAACCGAUGUGUAUUUGGACUCUCAUCAAUAUGGCGUAUUGCUGCUUAAUUCUCCUCGGGAAAUCCAUUCAGAAGGUGGUUUUUGGGGAACUUCGAAUAUCAGAGCAACAGCACAUGAAAGACAAGUUUUGGAAUUUUGUCUUUUACAAAUUCAUCUUUGUCUUUGGCGUGGUGAAUGUGCAAUUUCUCAAUGAGGUUGUUCUGUGGGUGUCGUGGUUCUCAAUUUUGGGAUUUCUUCAUCUCCUCUCGCAACUCUGCAAAGAUCGCUUUGAAUAUCUCUCAUUUUCACCCACAACACCAGGAUGGUCACAUUUUCGACUCGUGGCUCUCCUUUCGGCCAUCCUCACGCUGUCGGGGCUAAUGUUCAUCAUCUGCAUCGGCGUGGGGCUCUUCAGUGGUAUCAACACAUUCUCCUUCAUGGUGGCCGAGUGCAUCCUCCUGUCAAUUCGCACCCUUCACGUUCUUGUCCGCUAUGGGUUGUUCUUGUACGACAUGCGCAAUGGUGGUCUCAGUGGUGAGGCUGUGUCAUGGGAUAAACGCGGCCCCGUUGCGUAUUACAUUGAAUUGGGCUUCGAUGUGGCUGCCCUGCUGGUUGAUCUCAUUCAUCACCUCCACAUGCUCUUCUGGAGCAACAUUUUCCUCUCAAUGGCCAGCCUCGUGAUCAUCAUGCAGCUGCGCUACCUCAUCCAUGAGAUUCAGCGGAAAAUUAAGAAGCAUCGUCACUACCUCUGGGUACUCAAUCACAUGGAGAAGAGCUACCCACUGGCCACGGCGAAGGAUCUCACGGAAAAUUCAGAUAAUUGUGCCAUUUGCUGGGAGAAGAUGGACUCUGCGAGGAAGUUGCCGUGCUCCCAUCUUUUUCACAAUUCUUGCUUGCAAUCGUGGCUGGAGCAGGAUACAAGUUGCCCAACAUGUCGUCUGGCUCUGAGUGUUCAGCACAGCGUCACCCUCCAUCCCAAUAUGGAUCGGAUUGAUGAGCCAGAGACAGCAGGACGUGCCAAUAAUCAUUUCUUCCACUUUAACGGCUCACGGUAUGUGUCGUGGCUGCCGAAUUUCUCCGUUGAGGUGACAAACAUUAACAAUAUGCUGCGAAAUGAGGCACCCACGCACACCCACACGUCGCAAAUACGCAACAUGGCGCUUCAGGUGCAACAGAUGUUCCCACGCUAUCCACUCACGGUGAUCAUUGGGGAUCUCACGGUGACACGUUCCAUUGAGAUAACAAUUGAUAACAUCCUCGAGGGGCGCCUGCAGAUCCCAGCGCGUUUCCAGGAGCUCGAAGAUGAGGCCUUUGGGGCAGAAGGAGCGAGUAGAGCUUCAUCGUCAUCCGAUGCAUCCCCCUCUGAGGCAGCUGCUGGAGGAUUCGCGGCAAACACAGCGAGUGAUUACUACGUCAAUCCCGUCUUCUCGCGCGCCUCAACGAGCUCCAGCUCCUCCGAACCCGGUGGGUAUGAGGUGGAGCGCAAGAGCACAAUCUUUGGGAAUCAGAAUGAUCUUCUGCGCGAUGAGAGUGUCGACGAAGUCCCGCUGGGGGAUCGUUUCUCGAAGAGUAGCGAAGAACGCGAGAGGAUUCUGCAGCGACGGAAGGAGAUGCUCGUGGCAAUGGCGCGCCGGAAGUACCUGGAUAGGAGUCGUGCGGAACUCAAUACAAAAGAUGCCGGAUCCGUGCGUCAACGCACCAAAAGCAAUCUCCAGGAGUGAGAGCUUCGUGCGUUUGUGUAAAAAGAGAAAAAUUAAUUUUCUGAAGGAAAAAAAAAACAAAACUAAAUUAUUCUACUGAUUAAUUUACUUUCUAGGCUAGCUAUAUACAUACAUAUAUACCUUACCUAUAACUACAUAGAGAAAGUUAGAUUCAAUCAAAGUAACUAAGACUGCAUAGUGUGGAGAUAAAGUGGACGUUUUAUUAUUUUGUUUUCUGUGUCUUUUUGUUUGUUAAAAUGCGCGUGAGUGUGGAAAAUUGGAGCGUUUAAGUAUGAGAGGAUGUGAAGAGAGAGAGGAUCUUCCGGAAGUCCUAAUAAGGGGGGAUUUAUUGAAAUUUCUUCAUUGAAUUAUUUGGAGCAAUCAAGGGGUGUUGAUCUGAAUGAAAAUCUUUGGAUUCUUUAGAAAUACUCGAGUGAUUCGCUUAAAGAAAUUAAAAUAUUUGAGAAAUUAAAAAUAAAUAAAGCUAUAAGAGUUCUGAACUAAAGAAUUAUUUAAAAUAAAAUUCUUUUAAUUUUUAGUACUGAAAUGGAUCUUAAAAGUACUAAAUUUACGCUCAAAAGGUUCUAAAUUCAAGUCCAAAAAGUACUAAAUUUUAGUCUAAAAUUUUUAUCUUGAUCUUAAUGAAUUAAAGCCUCAAAAGCACUUAAUUCAAGCUAAAAAAAGCACUAAAUUCAGGCGACUAAAGUACUAAAUUAAAGUCUAAAAAUUAAAACACAAAUUCAAGCUUAAAAAGUACUAAACUGAAGCUAAAAAAAUUAUUUAGUUCUUAAUUCUAAAAUCGCUGAUUGAAUAAAAAAAAACAUGAAAAAUUUCUUAAAUUUAGCCCAAAAAGUACUAAAUUCAAUCUGAAAAAGUACUAAAUUCAGGCCACUAAAGUACUAAAUUUUAGCUAAAAAAUUAUUUAGUGCUUAGUCCUAAAAUAGCUUAGUUUGAGGAGAAAAACAAACUUAAAAAAAGGACUAAAUUGAAGCCAAAAAGUUCUAAAAUUAAACCUAAGAAGUACUAAUCUCAAGCUAACAAAAGUUAUUGGGUUUUUAGCAAAGAAUUCUACCUAAAGGAAUAUUCAGAUUAAUUUGUCAAUAUUCAAAUAAUUCGCAAAAAAAAUCUAAAUUUCCGACAGAUAUAACCCCCCUUGUAAAAUAAUUAAUUUUAUCAUAUUUUGCCCAAGAGAGACAAAAGAAAAACAAUUUAAAAAAUCUCUUAAUUUUCUUUGUUAAAUAAAAUAAUAAAAAAAAUGUUUUUUUCCUCGAUUUUUUUUCUUCGUAAAAUUUUAAUAAAAAUUGAUUGAAAUUAAUUUGGAAAAAAUAUAAAACUGUGAUAGAUUGGCGCAAGUAAAAAUUCCCCCAAGAAAAACAUUUUUCCUCCGUUUUAAGGAAAUCCUCUCAUUCACACACUUUAUCCUCAAUGUGAGUGAUUCUUACGCAAAGAAAUAAAAUGAAUAAUUAAUAUUAAUGAAAUAAUGGAAUUUCUUGUAAAUAGAAAGAAGAUAUUUUUGAGUCAAUGGAAGAAGGAGAAAAAACUGCUUGUCCGAGGGCAAUAACCGUCCGAGAUAUUGGAGAAGAAGAAAAAAGAAGAUAUGUCUUAUCCGCAGCUUUGGAGAAAAAAAAAUGCAAAAAGAGAAUUUUGUGUUGAAGAAAAAAAAUGUUGAGUCAUGAAAAAAUGCAAUUUAGGAGCUGAUUUUUUAGGAUUAUUAAUUUUAAAAAUGUUUUAUUUUUGUGAUUUACUUAUGCAUUAGUGUUGUUGUAAUUAAAUUUUAUGAAAAAGCAUAAA